UCGAAAAUCAGAUCGAAAUUUGCUUUUGACCAGGCUGCUCCCAGGAGUAUCACAUUUCCCUCUUCUGUCUUCAUCCACGCACAACACAAGCAAGCCUGAAAACCAUGGACAGUGAGAACAAGUUCGCGAUCCACGCAGCUUGUCGUGAGGGAAGGUACGCCGCGGUUGAGUCUCUUCUCAAUGUGGACCCCAAGCUAGCAAACAGGAAAGACGACGAUGGAAGACUACCUAUCCACUGGGCCGUGUCGUCAAACCAGUUUGAGAUUGCAAAUCUCCUGGUAUCUCAGAAGAAUUUCGAUCCGGAUGUACAGGACGACAGCGGCUGGACCCCAUUGAUGAUCGCAGUGAGCAUCAAGGAUGGCGAGAAGUUAGUAGAUCUGCUGCUGAGCAAAGGGGCAGAUGUUAAUGAGAAGAACAACAGUGGUCAGACUGCUUUACACUUUGCAGCCUCCAAAAACAACCUCGACGUUGCCCGAAAGCUCCUCGAUCAGAAACCUCCCGCCUCCGCCCGGGUGCGUGACCGCCGGGGCCAGUAUGCUCUCCACCGCGCCGCCGCCGUGGGCUCUACUCCGAUGGUGAACCUGCUCAUCGGCCAGGGGAAGAGUCCGCUGAAUGCGACCGACUCGGAUGGACAGACUGCUCUGCAUCAUGCCAUUGCCGAGGGUCACGGAGAUACGGCUGUGGCUCUGCUCAAGGCUGGUGCCGAAACAGAUAAGAAGGACGCAGAUGGAAACCUCGCCAUAGACUUAGCGCCUGAUAGGGAAGUCCGCAAGUACAUUGAACAGGUUGCGGAACGGGAAGGCGUCGACCUUCCAAGUGGAUCAUCGGCUUGAGUCGACAAGACCUAGCAAAGUGAGGAAAGAAGGGAACCCCAAGGAAUUAACCGAGAAUAAAAGGUAAAGACCAAGAAGCGAAGCUCGAUUAAAUCACAAUAUAAAAUGCACCACACGUAAAUCUAGUUCAAGACAAGCGGGUGAAAAUGGCCACAAGCAAGAGAGAAAAAAAAUGCGGCUAAUAUGCCCCUUUUUAUCCCAUAAAAUCCACGAAAUGCCAGUCUCCUUCAAGAAACCUCACUUGUGUGUCCGGUCUAUCAGAUCUCUGUACAUGGCCUUGACGUCCUGAACGUCCGCCUUGAGCUCCUCCACCUCCUCGCUCUUCUCGCCCAGCAGUUCGAGGGUGGUCUCGUACCGCUGGUUGACAGCCGCGACUUCUGCCUCUAGCGCAGCGACGCGGUCCUUAGCCGAGCGGCCGGCCUCGGCCUCGCGCAUCAGCGCC